CGAACCUCACGCGGGGGUUCGUAUGGCUGGACGGGGAACCCGAUCCGGGUUCCCCGUUGCCCGAGACUUCCCCGCCGUACCGGAUAUCAUCGGACUGGAAGAAAAUCAAGGACACCCGUUUCCAGUCGGCAGUGCGGUUAUCCCGGAUCGUGGUGGACUCAUUCCGGGCCGGGUUACCGGGCGUGAGGUGGUUCGUGAUGGGGGACGAUGACACGGUGUUCUUCCCCGACAACCUCGUUGCCGUACUGGGGAAGUACGACCACCGGGAGAUGUACUAUGUCGGCGGGAACUCGGAGAGCGUGGAGCAGGACACGUUGCACGCGUACGACAUGGCGUUUGGCGGCGGCGGUUUCGCGAUAAGUUAUCCAUUGGCGGCAGAACUGGUCAAAAUAAUGGACGGCUGCCUGGACAGAUACUCCUACAUGUACGGCUCAGAUCAAAGGGUGUGGGCAUGUGUAAGCGAGCUUGGUGUUUCUCUGACCAGAGAACUCGGGUUCCACCAGAUGGACAUAAGAGGAGAUGCAUUUGGUCUACUGGCAGCUCAUCCUUUAGCACCCCUUGUAUCCCUCCACCACCCUGAAAGUAUUCAGCCACUUUUCCCCAACAAAACCCUACUCCAGUCAUUCCAGACCAUCAUCCAGGCAUACAAGCCCGAUCCGGCGAGAAUAAUGCAGCAAUCGAUCUGCUACAACAAGUGGAAAUGGUCAAUAUCCAUCUCUUGGGGCUAUGCUGUCCAAAUAUACCCUCGGGUUUUGACCCCCAAAGAGUUAGAAAUGCCACUGCAGACGUUCCAAACAUGGCGUACAUUGAGCAACGGGCCUUUCACGUUCAAUACCCGACCUGUGAGUCCUGACCCGUGCCAGCAUCCCAUCGUGUUCUAUUUAGAUUCGGUUAAUGAUGUGGCCCAAGAGGGCGUGACGGUGACUACUUAUAAGAAGUUAUUGGACCGGCCAAAAAACAAGUGUCCCUUCAUGAAUUACCUCAUUGCAGUUGGGGUAGAGAAGAUUGUUGUCUCUGCUGAGAAAAUGGACUACCAAUUGUUGAAUCAGAAACCGCGAAGACAAUGCUGUGAGAUCAGUGAAGGUUU